AUGGGCUGUGAAGCAGACUCUGAUGAUGAGCUAAAUGAUGACAAAAGCCAGGAAGAACUAUUAUCUGAUCCCUCUGCCGAUUUAUCCAAACAGACGAUUAGGGAGAGCUCCCCGUUUACGCCAUUGUUUGAAUCAAUAAGAUCCAAGACGCUAGAGGACACAAAUCAAGAAUGUGAAGUUGUUGAUAAUGACAUGUACUUGCCAAGUGUCGUUGAUCUCAUUGUAUCUUCAUAUGCUCCAAUUUUCCCACUCUGGUCGGGAAUCAUGUUAGAGAAACCACAGACAAGAGACACAAACUCCUCAGUCGAGUCAUGGUUCAAGUAUGUCAAAUCUGACAUUAUGUCUGGAGAAAGGGACAAGCGCCCAGCAAGGUUUGUGAUGAAAAACAAGUCGGCUAUACAUGCCCGUAUAAUCUUAGAGACCUUUCCUGGAGCAAAACAUGGUAAAACACGAGGGAAAAAGAGAAAAAAUGACACUGCAAGUAGAAUAGACACUCAAGAGGAAAGCUGGAAUAAGAAGAAACAGAAGAAGACUCGAAAUCUGUACCACAAAACCCCGAGUCAUAAACAUAUGACCUCUAAAAAGACAAAAAUGACAAAUCUACCAGUUGUGAUGGCUUGGGGUGGUAAAGUGGGACCUACGGUUUUGGACAACACUUGUACCAUUGACAACGGACUUACCGUCGUUCAUUUAUUUCAUCAGAGAAAAGAAGAAUUUAGAAACUUUCUGGCGUUGUACGAGGAAUGUGAACCAUUCACAACACUAAAGACAGUCUUAUCUUUGAUGGAUGAAAAGAACUUCAACCAGGCAAAACUUGUUUGGGCACGAUUAAGUACAAACAGCCACACCAACCUCUUUGGCGAAGAAACUGAAUUCAUGAUGUCCCACUUCGACCGACAGUGGAAAAGUAGAACAGUGUCAAAGUGUAGUUUCGAUGAGUGCAGUGAACCAAUGAGAGAGAGCAAGACAAAGACUGGAAUAAGUCUCAACUUGGACGAAACCAUUGAAAACAUGCAAGAGGUUGUAAAUAGAUGGCUCAGAUGUGAGACGCCCUGCACUGCUAGAGGAGACUUGGGCGAACCGGGUGACGAUACCGCAUGUGAAGGUGUUCGACAAACUAGAAGAAUGAUUAAACAAGCAGGUCCUGUAGCUGCCUUGCGCGUUUAUGAGUUAUGCAUGGCCGACCAAAUUUCAUUCCACAAUCUGAUGUCUUCGAAAGAAAUAAACAUCGAUGACCGUGUAUUCGAAUUGGCCGGUGUCACGAUGUACAAGGAAGGCCACUUUUGUGCCAUCGUCUUCCUUGAUGAAGAGAAAUACUGGUACGAUGCGCUGAAUGCUUGUUUGACCCAAUUCCCAAAAGAUAUGUUGACGCGCUACUUUCCAAGUCAUGCGCUCUACUGCCAGAUUGCUUGAAAUUAUGCAACACAAAAACCCGGAAACACUUAGGGCAGUUCAAAACAUUACAUCGCUUAUAAAACAUAACAAAACUAAAUUUGAAAUUUAGGUUCUGGAUCCUGGGUCCCGACGGUCUGCAGAUAUAAUCGCGAACAUUUUGGCGCAUGUGCAGUAAACUAUAAUUGUAAGACUGGUUUGUAAAUAUUUCUCUGAAAAAAAAAGAUUAUUACAUGUUCUUAAAAAAGCUAACCAGUCUAUUUCCCAACAGCAUUUAAACACAAUACCGCGUAGUCGUCUGAUGACAUCUCCAAUAUUUCGAGAAGACACAAUUUGUAGGGAAUGUAACAUUAAUGCGGUUGAUAAUCACUUUUUGAUAUGUUCUUAAUAUAGAGAUUAACGUACUCAAUAUAUUCCUAGAUACUAUGAUAAUUGGCCCAAAUUGACAACAUUCAAUUUUCAGAUGGCUUGUAAUAAAAGUAAAUUUUGUGUGAUAUGGCUAUGACUUUUAUCGUUAACUGAGGUUAGACGAAGCUAGUCGCAUAAUUAUAUUUACUUAUUUACAUGUAUAUGUAUUAUUUUCAAUAGUCGUUUUUUAUACUUUUCUGCAUAUGCUUUUGAUUAUGUUCACUUGCAUGCCAUGUCAAUAUGUUCAAAUAAGUAUUUUGAGUAAAGUUAUGUUCUGUAAUAACAUGAUAUGAAAAUAAAAACUUUUGUCUUGGCUUAAAUAACAUUCGAACA